UUUAUAAUAGUGAUGAAUUAGUCUACUGAGGGUAUUCGGAAAUGACUUUGUUUGUCGUUUUAUCUUUUCUAUUCCUAACCACUACAAAGAUUUCUCAAGUGGUAUGUCAAGAUAAAGAGAACAGUAUUGACAUCAGUCUAAAUGUAUCACAAAUAAUUAGGGAAAGCGGUUUCACAGAAGAAACACAUGAUGUCGUGACCGAUGACGGGUACAAACUUCGUAUGUACAGAAUUGUAGGUUCAGGAGAACCAGUGUUCGUGAUGCACGGGUUACUGUGCAGCUCUGAUGACUGGAUCACUCCACAGAAGGAACGAGCUCUUGCUCUUGUGUUAGCCGCUGAAGGAUAUGAUGUAUGGUUGGGUAAUGCUCGUGGUAAUGUCCACAGCAGACGCCAUACAACUCUUUCCCCAGAAGGUAAGGAAUUUUGGGAUUUCAGUUGGGACGAGAUUGGUAGAUACGAUUUACCUGCUAUGAUCGACUAUGUCCUAGACGCAACAAACCGGGCACAAUUAUCAUAUAUAGGACAUUCGCAAGGCACUACAUCAUUCUUCGUCAUGGGUUCAGAAAGACCAGAAUAUAAUGAUAAAAUAAAGAAAAUGAUCGCACUUUCGAUAGUAGCAUGGUCAAGUCGCGUCACAAGUCCUCCAGUUCGACUAUACGCUCCAAUCUCACAGCUAACAGAGCCAUUUGGUAUAACCGAAGUAUUUGCAAGACAUCAACUAUUGACGACCACAUUGACUAAUUUUGGAUGCAACACGCCAACAUCGGCAACUCUUGUCUGCAAUAAUUUGAUAUUCCUUAUUGGUGGUUUCGAUAGUGGGCAAAUUAACUCCACCUACCUUCCGUUGAUCUACCAGCAUUUCCCUGCAGGUGCUGCGUAUAAACAAAUACUUCAUUAUAUGCAGUUGGUCAAUUCAGGUCAUUUUAGACCAUACGACUACGGGUUGAUAGCAAAUCUUGGAAAGUAUUUCGCAGCUAAGCCCCCAGACUAUUCUGUCGAUAAAGUGACCGCACCAGUAUAUGUGUUCCACGGUGAAAACGAUUGGCUAUCAACUCUUGCCGAUGUGAAGAUCAUGAUAAACAAAAUUUCUAAUUUCAAGGAAUUGUAUACAGUUCCUUGGAAGACUUUCAAUCACAUGGAUUAUUUGUACGCCAAUGAUGCAAAAACAUUGGUCCAUGAUAAGAUUUUGUCUAUAUUGCGAAGUGACUAAUGAUUUGAAAAGGCCACAAUAAUUGGUACAAUAAUAAUAUAGAAAGAAAAUUUAAACAUAUGCUUGUGUUAAUAAUUAUGCUUUGUAUAUAUAUAUAUAUAUAUAUAUUUGUACUUUAAAAAAUCUAUAUUAUAUUUACUCAUGAGGUUUUAAAUAAUAUUAAUAAGUAUAUCAUUUUCUUCAUGUUAUUUCUAUACAAUUAUAUAUUUUUUUUCUAAUGUAGAUUAAUAUUAUAUGUACGUGUGCUUGACAAUAUCUUUUAUUU